CUGUUAAAAAACUAUUUUAUUUUUUAAUUAUAUUUUCUUAUCACAGAGUAAAUGGACUCAAAUUAAAGGUUGAAUAGUUUCAGUGUGAACUUUGUGCUACUGUACCUCCAACUUCCUGAGUCAUACGUCUGGUGUAAACUGGUUUAGACCAGACCUGUGUUCAAAUGUACAUGCAGGUGGAUCAGGAAUUUAAAAAAACACGCCUGCCAGCAGUCAGACUAUUAUUCCUUUGCAUAAGAGCGUACAGCACACCUUGUUUGUCUUGUGUAAUUUUUAUUUUUUUUCUCUUCAGGGAGGCGGUCCAACAUUCACUGUACAGCAUAGUUUUCACCCAGUUAUUUGUUUCAAUAGACCAUCUUCUCUGUUCUUACCCUCAGUUAAAUCCUCUUCAGUGGCAACGAGUAAUGGCACAAGAAGAGGACAUCAUUUCAAGAAGACGCACUUUGUUUUUACUACCUGAAACUUGAUGUUAGCUCUAGUAGUUUGUUGCCCGUCAUGGAGACCUGAAAGGAGGCAGAAUUAUCUUGGGUGAAACUGCAGGAUGAAAGAAGUCUCUUGAUUGUUUUGUCUUGUUAAGACCCGUGUUGGUCCUUGAAAGUUUUGAACAUGGCGGGGGGCCGAACGUCUGACUUGGCACCAACGGUUGCUGUCAAGGUUUUUUCAGCUGGGUCAGCCGGCUGCGUGGCUGAUCUGGUCACCUUUCCAUUGGAUACCGCCAAAGUACGACUACAGGUCCAAGGCGAAUCUAAGGCCCUACCAAAAGGCCAGAAGGCCAAGUUCAGAGGUGUAUUUGGCACCAUCAUCCCCAUCGUGAGGAACGAGGGGCCGAGGAACCUGUACAAUGGACUCCUGGCGGGGCUGCACAGACAGAUGUGCUUUGCCUCGGUGCGGAUCGGUCUGUACGACACCAUGAAGCAGCUGUAUGCCCACGGAUCAGAGAAUCCUGGACUCGGGACGCGAUUGCUGGCGGGCUCCACCACAGGAGCGAUGGCAGUGGCGUUUGCUCAGCCCACCGACGUUGUGAAGGUCAGGUUCCAGGCUCAGAUACGAGAGCCUGAGAAUGGCUUUGUGAAGAGGUACAGCGGCACCAUCGACGCUUAUAGGACCAUAGCGAGAGACGAGGGCCUCAGGGGGCUCUGGAAAGGCUGUCUGCUGAACAUAACUCGUAACGCCAUCGUGAACUGCUCCGAGCUGGUGACGUACGACAUCAUUAAAGAGCGGAUCCUGAUGAGCAAACUGAUGACAGACAACGUGCCGUGUCACUUCACUGCAGCCUUUGCAGCAGGAUUCUGCACCACGAUCGUUGCGUCUCCAGUGGACGUGGUAAAAACCCGCUUCAUGAACUCAGCGCCUGGUCAGUAUAGCGGCGCUGUGAAGUGCGCUCUGACCAUGCUGCUUAAAGAGGGGCCCUCUGCUUUCUAUAAGGGCUUCAUGCCGUCGUUCCUUCGCCUGGGAUCCUGGAACAUAGUGAUGUUUGUCAGCUACGAGCAGAUUCAGAGAGCUGUGGUAAGAUUUCAGCGGUCCUGGGAGUCUCGGUACAGGACUGCCUGACAGCUGGCUAACAAUGAAGCCAUGCAGUGCUGUCUGCAGCAAUGUGGAUGGUAGCAGCUGAUCUGGGCCAUGCACCUCACCCGAGAACCCGUUCUUCUACGGCAAACUGCAGGGAUGAUUGUUAAUUAAUAAUUGUAUCAGGUCUUUCUUUUUUUAAGCCAAGCUUUUUAUUUUUAAGAACCUCUGACACCUCUUUUAGGAUGUACAUGACCUCAGAAGAAGAACCAGGUUAACCAACAUGUUGAAACAACUGAGUGGGUUUGUUAAUGCAGCUAAAAUAUUUAUUGAUCAAAUUUGUCUGAGCAUAAAAUAAGAGUUGCACAGAUUAUGUGGUUCAGAGUAGAGUUACUUCUGGACGUUAAGCAGAACCGCAACAGCUUUGGUUGUUCUGUGCAUUUCACACCUGAGACCACAUAAAGAAUCCAGUUAGAAGACAUCCUUAUUUGCAAGUACAUGUAAAUAAUCUAACACUAAAUUAUACAUUAUGUAUGACAUAAACAAAAGUGUUAAACUGUGCAACUUAAUGUUGGCUGUUAUGCCUUUCUUUGCUAAAUUAACUGCUUCCAGCUGUUUUUUGGAUGUGAAAAA